AUGAUUGUGUGUGUUGGUUUUUUUGGCAAGAAUUGUUCAUCUCCAUGUCCAUCUGGCUAUUAUGGUGAAAAAUGUUUGCUUCAUUGUAAUUGUUCCCUGGGUGAAGAGUGCAACCCCUACGUAGGAUGUCUCUCAGGUGGGACAGGAAAGAGAAGAGAGACAGGCAAGAUAGGCGAGACGGGUGAGACAGGUGAUACAGCGGAGACAGGUGAGAUAAGUGAGAUAGGUGAGACAGUGGAGACAGUGGAGACAAGUGAGACAGGUGAGACAGUGGAGGUAUGUGUGACAGAUGAGACAAGUGAGACAGGUGAGGCAGUGGAGAUAUGUGUGACAGAUGAGACAAGUGAGACAGGUGAGGCAGUGGAGACAAGUGAGACAGGUAAGGCAGUGGAGACAGGUAUGACAGGUGAGACAAGUUAUACAGGCGAGACAAUGGAGACAGGUGAGACAGGUGAGACAAGUGAGACAGUGGAGACAGGGGAAACAAGUGAGACAGUGGAGACAAGUAAGACAGGUGAGGCAGUGGAGACAGGUGAAACAAGUGAGACAGUGGAGACAGAUGAUUAG